AUGGUUGAACUAAUUGUGGAUAUACAUAACAGAUGUAGAAGCAGUAAGAUAAGAUGUAAGUGUAAUGGAAAUGGAGUAGGUCACAUUUCCGUGAAAACGGGAAUCGUGAAAUCUACGGAUUUCAGAUACUAUACUCAUACAGCUAAUGGAAAUAAUAAAAUCUCAAAUGUAUUCUGGCAAAAGUUUGAGCUUGAUAGAACUAGAGGAGUUCGUUAUGCAUUUAAAGAUGUUCAGUCUGUUACAAAAUUUUACCAUUCAAAGCUUGAUGGUAAAAAUAAUUUCAUAAGAAAACCUCUUAUAAUAAGAAUUGGGAAACCAUAUGGGAAGAUAUAUUGGUAUGAGAAUCUGGGACACUAUGGUAACGGAAAGUGGGAGAGGAUUUAUGAUACAGAUGAGUAUCCUACCGGUGAAGAUUAUUCUAAAAAGAAUGAGAAGUUAGAGGGUAAACUAACGGAAGUUACUUGUAGAUUAUUCGCAUAUCAUGGAAUACGUUUAGACUUUACUCAAAACGCACGAACAACACACUGUCCAAUAUGCAAUAAACAGAAUGAUGUAACAUGUCUAAAAGAGAAUCUCAGUAGUAUAUCUGGAUAUAGCAAGUAUAGUCAUUGUAGUGAAAAUUUUUCUGAUAAAUAUGUUAUUGUGCACAAAAACUGCCCAAUUACCUUUCGCAAAAAGUCAUUAUCAGAUAAUAAAGGUUACUAUUUGCCUAUUAGACUGGAUGAAAAUGUCGGUAGUGUUUCUGUUUACUAUUGGGAUGGAGAUGAAGAGUACAAAAAUCCUCUUUUACUAGAAAUAGGGUUUAAGAAUGGUGCAAAUCCAUUUUGGUUUGAAAACAUCAGUAAAGGUGAUAAAGGUGGAGAGAUUAAACAUGACAAAUGGAGAUAUAUUAAUCCGAAAAAACCAGGUGGAGAUAUUUCUCAUAGUGCCCAUCUCAAGAAAAGACUUAAUCUUCUCAAUUGUGUAUAUAAUGGAGUUGUUCAGAUAAGCGUUGGGAAGUCCUAUUGUCACUCCAAACACUAUUUGCAUAAAGAUAGGACAGGUUAUUGGUAUGGUGAAAUUAGGGAUACAUACCCUCUUCUCUAUGCUCACAUAUAUGAAUCAAAUAACGAAUUUAAGGAUAAACUAUUUAAUAUAUCUGAAAUUAGUAUAGAUAGACAGAAAGAGAAAUUUGAACAGAACAUUUUACCAUUUACUGACGUUAAGAGGUUUGUCGUGUAUGUAUCACCAUGUUAUAGUGAUAAACCAUUCUUAAUAUGUUUCGAAUAUGAUAGAAACAAAAAUCAUAAAUGGUACUAUAGACAGUAUGAAAGAGAUACUUGGAAGGAACAUAGAUUCUCUGAUCAGUCUUUCGGUAAUAUUAAGACCGAAAUUGGAGAUCUUUUUAAACAAUUUAAAACUAGUUUCAGACUGAAUGAUUGCCACGUUUCUACCUCUUCAAAAGGAAUUAAGCUUAAUCUUGAAAAAAUACCAAGUGACGAGCGACUCCUUAGAUACUAUGACAGCUCCGAUAAUAAUACUCCAAUAUUUGUAACUAAAUAUGAAGAGACUCCUGUAGUUAACUUUUUAAAGAAUUUUCAUAGCACUACAAAAAACCCUUUCAUUGUGAAUGAAUACUUACAAGAUGGAUACAAGAUAGGAACAGGAAUGAAGCCUCUCGAAGGUGUUGAGGGCUUUAGUGUGUAUUUGUGGGAUGGGGAACCAGAGAAACCAAUAUUGCUUGAAGUGAAACAAAUUACCAAGGAAAAAAAGUACUAUGGAAGAGGUAAAAAUUUUUGGGGUCCUAGCCAAGUAGAAGGUCUGGAUGAAUUACAAGCAUUAGACCACCAAAACUGUCAACAUAACAAUGCAAUUCCCAUGGAACUAACAAAUCCUACUGACCUUACAAGAUUUUUGCCUAAGAACAAAUCUACCUGCCUGAGUACAAAAUCUAUACAGACCUCUUCAUCGGUAACUCUUCCGCAAGGGGCUAGUGGGACAUAUACUGGAAAAGGAUAUCAAAUUCCUGGUAACGCAAAGAUUUCCAGAGUAACAUAUAAUGGCCAGCCUACUAACAUUGUUCCCCCCUAUACUCAAUAUGGACCGAUCUUUAAUAUUUAUUACUGGAAGGAAGAUCAAAACGUACCUUUACUUGUGGAAUUUAAACCUAAGACUGGAGGGAAUUCUACUUGGUAUGAAAAUGUUGGUGGUAAUGGCACAGAAUAUAAGGAAUGGAAAAAUAUUAAUGAUGUGAUGUCUAAAGGAUUCUAUGAUACUAAAAAUAAUCUUACUGAUGAUUUUAUCAAGAAACUCCAUGAAGUAAACUGUAAAGUGAACAAGGUGGUUAAGUUAGAUAUUUCACGACCACCUGGAAGAUACUGCCACGAUGUCAACUUUUCGCACGAACGGAGGAUAAAGGUUACUGCUGGGUCACGUAAUGAUCCAUACAAUGGAUUCACAGGUUAUGUUCAUGAGCCUGCAGACACGGGUCAAACCUUUAUACUAAUUGCUAUAACAAAUAAUGGUAAGGAACAAAAUGUGGACGGACUUCCACUGAAAGAUAUUUCAAAGGUCACUGUCUAUUUUCCGAACUGUUAUGGAGGAGCUUCAGUUGCAAUAUACAUUAAAGAUACCGUAGGAACUGAGAAGUGGUUUAGUAAAACUCCUGAUGAUAAAUGGAAGGAAGCUACUCAAAAGUUUCAAGAUAAGGGUAAUACAGAAGUUAGGGAUCUUCUUAGCAAUAUUAGAAAUAGUAUACAUGCAUGUGAUCCAUCUAAGAAUCUACUUCCCUCAUUUCCACACCCUAGCCUGGGACUAAUAUCUACAGUCGAUGAUGAUAAGAAUGACAAACGAGGGAGUUUAGAGGAUAUGUUCACUGAUGACCCGGACGUAGAUAACAAAGGUAAUGAUGGCUUUGUUGAACUAAAUGAUGAAUAUGAGGAUAGAUCAAUAGUGGAAUAUGUCUCCUAUAGUACAUUUGUUAAAGACACUGCAGAACAACUUCAGCGAGCUGGUGUUACUCCACAAAAUAUACCUAUACCUCAAGUUGCGAAAAUUGCAUCCGGAGUCACUAUUGACAUAAGUCAGGACGUUGACUCUACGCCUGGAUAUAAAUUAUAUGGUUAUACAGGGGAAAGGGUUGAUUUGGAAAAGUCUGAAUACCCUCCUGGCUUCUAUAUGUUUGCACACAAACCACACGAAGAAGACUCAUUCACAGUUAACGAAGUUCAGUAUGGAGGUAUCAUCAGGGAGGAAAUAAAACAAUUUGGACUCAUUAACAGUUACUCGGUGUGGUAUUGGACUGGGGAUGAGAAACUAAAUAACCCUCUCUUGGUAGAGGUUCUCAAGGAAGAUGGCACAUACAUCUAUAAAUCCAGUAAGGGAGGAGGAAAUAGUUGGUACAAUACUUCCAGAAAUAAUAGUGAUCUUACUAUUCCACUAGAAGGCGAGGAACUUGAGGAAAAACUGGAUGACCUUAACUGUCAGCUAAACAAUGCAGCUACCAUUAAUUUGUCAAAAAAUUUCGUUAAAAACCGAUCACAUUCUUGCGCUAACGUUUGUGUUGAUUUAAGAUCAAUUAGAUCUAAUGAUAACAGUAUAGAUUACUACAAGUAUACCAUAUCUGAUCAAAACUAUAAACUUGCUAAGAUCAAGUAUUAUAUUGCCGGGAAUCCAAAUAGGAAACGGAUAACAGCUACUGAAUUAGAAUUUCCUCUUGAUGCACCUGUGGAUUUAUAUACAUUCUAUUGCUCUGAGAAACCGGUUUUGAUCUAUGUUAGUCAUCGAGGAACUUCCUCUCAACCAAAUAUUUCUGGAUGGUAUAAAAAGGGAGUUCUUGAUAGUACUCUCUGGACAAAGGUGACAGAUGAUCUCCCUAGUAUAUCACCAAAUACUUUUGACAACAUUGAAUGUAUAAAUUUCAACAAAAUUGCUAAUGCGUUGGGGUGUGUUAAAAAUUGCUCCGAUGGCCCUCGUAAUGGAGGUCAUGCAAACGGAUCAUUGCAUAUAAAUCCCGUGUCUCUACAAUCUAACCUGGAAGUAACAAUUAAGCUCUCACAAAAACCUGCUAGACCAGUAAUAACCAUAGUAUAUAUAGAUCCACCUCUUACUGGUAAGGCUAUAGAAGUUAUACUAACUAAUGAGCCUGAUGGAUCUGAUUUCCUCAAGUAUGAACAUACAGACUCUACAAGGAAACCAUUCAAGCUAAAAGCAGUAGAAGAUGAUCAGAAUAGAACUGUGAGCGGAGCUAAUGGAAAGAAUGUCACCUCCGUUUCUGCUUAUUACUGGAAGGAUGAAGACAGUACUGGAAACUACAAGUAUUAUGAGAAUAGUAAAAAUAAUGAGUGGAAAGACAUUACAGGCGAUUAUCUGCCUAAAGGAAGUAAACUUAGUGAAUACCAACUCCUCCAGAAGCUCACCUUUCUCAAUUGUGAUAUUAACGACGUUGUUCAAAUAUAUCUCGGAGUAACCAGAACUAUCACAUAUUGUCACCAUCCUAUCCCUACAUAUCCUCAAUAUGGUCAUGCUAAAAAGAUAAGGGCUACUCCAGCGGUGGAUUCUGAUAAACUCAUCAACUACGUUGCUUAUGAACACGCUCCAAUGGAGGGAGGAACAUUCAACAUCUCUAAGUUUACAAAUGGAACAAAGCAUCCAAUAGUUCCAAAUGAUAUUAAACUACCUAUUAAAGAUGUUAAAAAGGUAAUUGUCUACCUUUGUAUUAAGGGUAAUAAAACUCCACUACUCAUAUAUCUAGAUUCUGAUAUUCCCAAAAAUCCUAGUGAUAGGUGGUUUCAGAGUAAAAACGGAGGUAAAACAUGGGACAAAUCCACUGGUUUAGGCCAUCCUAAUGAUAAUAAAAGUAUAAUAAAUAUACUGGAUGGACUAGAAAGUGCAUGUAAGCCACCAACAGUUACUAUAGAUAUUUAUAAGAGGGGGGAACCAACUGGACGUUUUAUUACCUACAGAGAUGACAUACUCCAUCAUAUUGCCAGCGAUGUCUAUGUGAAUGGUUCUCCCUCUGUUGUUGCAAAAGGGUUUACAGAAUGUGAACAUAAUACACAAGGUAGAGAUUACUUUAAACUCCAGAAUGUGAACUAUAAUGGAAAGCCUACUACUGGAAUUUUAAGUGGAAGUACUACCCAUAGGAUUAUUUAUAUUUCUGUAUUCUACUGGUCUGCUUUGGAAGACCCUUCUAGGAAGGAUACUAGUGGGCCUUUACUUGUGAAAGUGACUACCCAGGAAAUUACUGGAGGAUUUACUGAAACUUACUAUGAAAACACUGGUGAUUCAGGAAACUUGAAUUGGGGGCCUACCUCUGUAGAUACAGCUAAUAUUGAGACUAAGCUUGACCUCCUAAACUGCAAACUCAACAAUGCAGUGGUGAUAAAUAUUAAUGAAAGGCCAGAUAAUGGUCAGUCUAAGACUUAUGAUGCUUGUGAGAGAAACAUUCUGGAUGGUUCUCAUGGUGAGAGAAUGCAAGUUAAGAAGGAUGAUAUUACUUCUAGCAAUAAGCUUGGAAAUUAUGAAGUUUAUAAGCAUACUCUAAACAAUGGUGGUGGAAAACCAUUUCAUAUUGUAGGAUUCAGGAAUGAUGAUACUCCUCUUAGUAGACUACCCAAAAAUAUUCUUGAUGUGGACCAGGUUAAAGUCUACUUUUGCUCAAAGGAUGAUCCUAAAAGACCCCUUCUCAUUUACUACAAAACUAAUGGAGCCGCUCAUCACUGGUAUAAGAAUACUUACAAAGACGGUACUAUCCCUGGUAACUGGAUACCUGCAGAGUUAUCUAACACCAAUGCUCCUGAAAAAUAUGAUGAGAUCAAAAAAGUACUCAAUAGUCUUGAAAGUAAAUGUAGCGUUGCUCAAGAAGGUGAAAUUGGACGUCUUGGUCUUGAAACUGCUACUGUUCUCACUGGUGGUGGCCUAUAUGGUGUCAUCUCUGGCGUUUUUGGUGGAUCCGGCGCAGCUGGUCUCGCUGGGUGGAAACUCUAUAAGAAGUUUAAGGGAGAUCCUUGGGUUAGACAAAUUUAA